CUAGUGUGUCUGUGUGGACGCGUGGACGCGUACACAGGCGUGCGCGCGCGCCACAGCGCCAGGCAGAGAAGAAGCCUGCUGAUCACAUUCAGCGCUCGCGAAGAAGUCAGGAGCUAAGCGCACGCGCUGCUCUUCUCCCCACGGCGGUUGACUGUUGCCCGUUGCGGAUGGUGCGCUCGAGACCCUCGGCUGAUGGUGUUGCGUGUCGUGUGUUUGCGUGUUUUUUCCCCUUCCCCGCUGCGCCGUGAGUGGAUUAUACCCCAUUUUUUCCCCCGGAGCGGUGGAGGCCCCGCGGUGUGUGUAUGUGUGUGUAUACCGGCGCUGCCUUCGGGCCAGUAUAGCGAUGAGGAGGUUUCUUCCUCGGUCUGCGCCGCGGCUCGUUUGACGCUGGUAUUCCCAGUUUCCCUGGACACUGUGCUUUAUUUAUUUUAUUAUUUUUUCCGCGUGUGUGUGGUGUUUUUUCGUUUCCUAGAGAAACUGAAUUUCCUCAAAACUGGACACCUCUGGAACGGUGUAUGACGACUUUGGCUGGAGCGUAAUGAGCUCACGCUUCCGGUUGCCUGCUGGCAGAUCCUACAAUGUCCGGGCGUCGGAGCUGGCACGUGACAGGCAGCACACCGAAGUGCUCUGCAACAUCGUUCUGCUGGACAACACCGUCCAGCCUUUUAAGGUUAACAAGCACGAUCAAGGACAGGUCCUGCUGGACGCAGUUUUUAAGCACCUGGAGCUGACCGAGAGAGACUAUUUCGGGCUGCACCUGGCCGACGAAUCCUCCGACAGCCCGAAGUGGCUGGAUCCAAACAAACCCAUCAGGAAGCAAUUAAAAAGGGGAUCUCCACAUCAUCUGAACUUCCGGGUGAAGUUUUUUGUGAGUGACCCCAGCAAACUUCAGGAAGAGUACACACGGUACCAGUAUUUUUUGCAGAUCAAGCAGGACAUACUUAGUGGGAGACUGCCCUGUCCGCACAACACUGCCGCACUACUGGCCUCCUACGCUGUUCAGUCCGAACUGGGGGACUACAAAGAGGCGGAGAACCCACCCAGCUACCUUUCCGAGUUCUGCUUUAUUCCCAAUCAGCCGCAGGGCUUCGAGAAAGAAGUGGCCAAGCAUCACCAGCAGCACAGCGGACUAAGCCCGGCAGAGUCAGAGUUCAGUUAUUUAAACACAGCUCGCACGCUGGAGCUCUAUGGAGUGGAGCUGCACUAUGCAAGGGAUCAAAGCAACACUGACAUUUUCAUCGGAAUCAUGUCAUCUGGAAUCGGCAUUUUCAAGAACAGGGUACGAAUCAACUACUUUCCAUGGCUGAAAAUUGUGAAAAUCUCAUUUAAAUGCAAACAGUUUUUCAUCCAGCUGAGAAAAGAAGUGAACGAGACGCGAGAGACGUUACUGGGCUUCAACAUGGUGAGCUACAGAUCUUGCAAGAACCUCUGGAAGACGUGCGUGGAGCAUCACACCUUCUUUCGGCUGGACCAGCCCGUAUCUCCUCAAAAGAAUUUCUUCUCACAUUACUUCAGCUUGGGAUCAAAGUUCCGCUACUCCGGAAGGACCGAAGCGCAAUCUGUGCAGUACGGCAAGGAGAAGGGAGUCAAGGACAGGGUGUUUGCCAGAUCUCCCAGCAAGCCUCUGGCGAGGAAGCUGAUGGGUGUGACCGACUGGGAAGCAGUGAGUAGGAACUCUGUGUCUGAAGAGAGGCUGGAGACCAGGAGCCUACCCACCCGCUCUCCUCCUGGGACCCCUAACCAGAAUUCUCUGUUUGUACAAGAGGGGCCCCGGCAGCGGCCAUGUUCCAUGGGACACUUAGUGGACCAUGUGAUUCACGCUUCGCCAAGCCUUCCUGCUUUCACCAACCACAAAUCAGCCUCAUCCACGCAAGCCAACAGCAUCAGCCUUGAAUCCACAGCGUCUCCAGAAGGUGUAGAUGGGCCACCCCCAGCACUGCCACCCAAGCAGUCCAGGAAGAACCUGAGUCAGCUCAUCCUCUCCAACUCUCAGCAGCAUCUUGACAACCACGUCAAUGAGACUUAUGAUAUCCCAAUGGCAACAGACAAGACAACGCUCAAUGGAGUUGUUCCUCAUGAUAAUCUUGUUCUGAUCAAGAUGAAGCCUGAUGAAAAUGGCAGAUUUGGAUUUAAUGUUACGGGAGGAUCCGAUCAGAAGAUGCCAGUUAUUGUAUCUCGGGUUGCUCCUGGAACAUCGGCUGAUCUGUGUGUGCCCCGACUAAACGAGGGUGAUCAGGUCGUUCUGAUAAAUGGCCGGGAUAUUUCUGAGCACACUCAUGACCAGGUGGUCAUGUUCAUCAAGGCCAGCUGUGAAAGCCACUCAGGGGAACUCAUCCUGCUGGUCAGGCCCAACGCAAUCUAUGAUGUGGUGGAGGAUAAGCUGGAGAUGGAGCCUGAUUUCCAGUACAUCCCAGCCAAAUCACCUUCGGACCCGUCAGAGCUGGAUCAGAAUGCCUGGAGAGACUCCAUGCAGCAGCUAAAAGAAGGCAUGAACAGUGGAGCUCUGCUCGCUCAGUUUGACCAACUCUACCGUAAAAGGCCAGGAAUGACCAUGUCAUGUGCCAAGUUACCUCAGAACAUCUCCAAAAACCGCUACAGAGACAUCUCACCUUAUGAUGCUACACGUGUCAUACUGACAGGCACAGAUGACUAUAUCAAUGCGAAUUACAUCAAUAUGGAAAUUCCAGCUUCCUGUAUUAUCAAUCGCUAUAUUGCCUGCCAAGGGCCCUUACCCAAUACUUGCACUGACUUCUGGCAAAUGACCUGGGAGCAGGGCUCCUCCAUGGUGGUCAUGCUCACCACUCAGGUGGAGAGGGGCCGGGUGAAAUGUCAUCAGUACUGGCCCAACCCCUCAGGUAGCGCCACAUACGGUGGCUUCCAGGUUUCCUGUGAAACUGAGGAGGGAAACUCUGCGUUCUUGGUUCGAGACAUGACCCUCACUCACAUGGAGACAGAAGAAAGCAGGGAGCUGACCCAGAUCCAGUAUCUGGCCUGGCCUGAUCAUGGUGUGCCCGACGACUCGACUGACUUCCUGGACUUUGUUGCGUUGGUGCGAAGUAAAAGAGCGAGAAAAGACGAGCCCGUGGUCGUUCACUGCAGUGCUGGGAUUGGCCGGACGGGAGUGCUCAUCACCAUGGAGACAGCAAUAUGUCUAAUGGAGUGCAGUCAGCCUGUGUAUCCAUUGGACAUCGUAAGAACCAUGAGGGACCAGCGAGCCAUGAUGAUCCAGACCCCUAGCCAGUUCAAGUUUGUGUGUGAGGCCAUUUUCAAGGUGUAUGAGGAGAGCCUGUUCAUGCAGACGAGAUCCACGCCGUACAAGUCAGACUAACCUUAGCGUUCGCCAUCACGACACCAAGCUUCAAGCACGGAUCCCCAGAACCAGCACCACGGCGGGGCCUUGAAGAAGUGUGCUAAACCAAAUGCUGUAUUAUCAACCCAGUGGUCUCAGGUUGUGCAUUUUUAAAGUGCGAGCAUCUAAGCACCUCACGACAGAGGAAAAAUUUAAUGUGGACAGUUACGUUUUUUUUUUUUUCCCCAACUGUCACGUGGUGCUUUAACACUUUGUGGAAAGCGAGAGAGAAUUUGUCAUGCUCAAGGUCACUUUCAGCGUGAGAUCAUUUGGAUAAAGCACACAUUUUCAAAGCGCUGCGAAAAAAGUCCGAGGGGAUUCAUUGGAAGAAAACCGUUCUUGAGCCAGGAUCAUUAAAUAGGACAUUUAAAACCAAGCACUAUUGCACUUUAUGCUGGCAACUGAACAAUUCACCAAGCUUUGGGGAGGAAAUAAAAUAAUUGUAAAAAAAAAAAAAAUCAACAAAACUGAAUAUGGUACUCGUUGAGAAAUUGAGUCUUCAGGGUUACGAAAUGUUGAUGAACAAUUACAGAUUGCUGUGGUGCCAUAUGUAAGUACAAAAGGGCAGGCCCAUGAGUGUGUGUGUUGCUUUUAUUUGUUUUGUGUGUCUGUACGUGUGUGCUCGCUGAUAGAAAACAGAAGAUUCCCCUCAAUGUUUUAAUAAGGAUAUUUAUAUCAUAUUUUAGUUUGACUCUCCCACCUCGUCCAGUCAGCACAAACAUGAUUGAAUCCAUGUCCUUUUGAUGAGGACGACAGCUCGUUAUCUGUAUCCACACACACACACUCCCCCUGUCGUUCUUUUAACAUAGCUAAUGAGCGCUUUUUAUUUAUUAGCAUCCUUGAUUAUGCUGAAAUCCACACUUUGGCAGGAAACCUCGAGCACUUUGUUUUGUGUUACAAACCCGCAGCUUGUUAUUUUCUCUCCCCUCUUUAAUCCUAAGUGUUUCCUGUUUGCCAUUCUCGUCUUAAAUCGGAAAGUCUGUCCAGACAGGGGUCUCAUCAGUCAAAAGUUUUAAAAGCUUAACACAUGUCCUACUUAACAAGAGUAUACUAAGACUACUGUGUGUGUGUGUUUGUGUGUGAGUGAGUGAGUGAGUGAGUGAGUGAGUGAGU